UAAGGAUACAAUACAACAAUCCAACCAUAAGAAAACAAAGAGUUGCAAUGGGGAUUGCUAAUACUCCUUUUCUUACUUUUCUCUCGUUAAUCUUCCUCAUUUCAAUUUUUUCAUCCCAAGCCUCAGCUGAUUCAACUCAAUUUCUCAAAUGCAUGAAGAGUAAAUGUCUAGACUCAGUAUCCAUAUCCAAAGUUAUAUACACCCCGAUAAAUUCUUCCUACACACCUAUCUAUGAAUAUUCCAUGCGAAAUCCGCGUUUCAAUCAAACAACCCGACUCAAACCCCAAGUCAUAGUACAACCUGUAUCGGAAUCUCAAGUUCAAACCGUAGUAUAUUGUGCUAAAAAGUACGGUAUGAGGCUUCGAAUCCGAAGCGGUGGUCAUGAUUUCGAGGGUCUUUCGUAUAGUAGCACUUAUGAUAUUCCAUUUGUGUUACUUGACAUGAUUAACCUCCGAGCCAUUAGUGUUGACCCCGUGGCUAAAACGGCUACGGUUCAAGCUGGCGCAACACUUGGUGAACUUUACUACUGGAUUUACCGGGCAAGCGAUACGCUCGCUUUCCCGGCUGGCGUUUGGUCCACAGUUGGAGCCACUGGACUAAUUUGUGGCGGCGGGUACGGCCCGUUGAGACGUAUGUAUGGUUUGGCUGCUGACAAUGUGAUCGAUGCUCGGAUUAUCGAUGUGAAAGGAAGGAUUCUUGAUAGGAAAGCAAUGGGAGAAGAUUUGUUUUGGGCGAUAAGAGGUGGAAGUUGUUCGAGUUUCGGAGUCAUUUUAUCUUGGAAACUAAACCUCGUUGUUGUUCCAAAAACAGUUCUGUCUUUUACUCUUUUCAGAACUUUGGAACAGAAUGCGACUGAUAUUAUUUAUGCCAUGCAAAGUGUUGCCCCGAAAUUUCCAAAUGAACUCGAGAUGAGGAUGCGAAUCAGCACAAUUCAGAGCAAUACAAGUGCUCGUGCCGAUGGCAAAACAGUCGAAUUCGCCAUUGGGGGAUUAUACCUUGGUACGGGUGGAGUUGAAGCAGCACUUAAAAUUGUGCAAUCAACUUUGCCCGAAUUAGGUAUGGUUAAAGAGGAUUUUGUAGAACUCACAUGGAUUCAAGCUAUUAUGAUAUCUUCCUUCUUUAACCUCUUCGACGAUAAUUACAAGCCAGAAGAUUUGCUCGACAGAACAUUCUUGGCUGACAUUCCUACGAAAGCAAAAUCUGAUUUCGUUAGAGAACCGAUUUCCAAAAAAGGGCUGAAUGGAUUUUGGAACAAGAUGUUGGAAGUUGGCGUAGGGGAAACCACAGUCAUCUUUACAUUUUACGGAGGAAAAAUGGACGAGUAUUCGGAAUCAGCUCUUCCAUUCCCUAACAGAGCCGGAACAUUGUACAUGGUGUACACAAGAGUGCUCUGGGUUGGGAAUACAACUGAGAAGUUGGAAUGGAUCAGGAGCUUGUACAGUUACUUGGCUCCGUAUGUUUCGAAAAAUCCGAGAAGGGCUUAUUCUAAUUACAAUGAUCUUGAUUUGGGAGUGAAUGAUCCCACAGGGAGUAUAGGUUAUCUCGAUGCAAGAAAAUGGGGAAAACAAUAUUACAACCAUAAUUUCAAAACACUGGUUAUGGUGAAGACCAGAGUAGAUCCUGAGAACUUCUUCAGACAAGAGCAAAGUAUUCCUACUCUGUCACUCUGGUCAGAUAUGUGACAGGUUUCUUAAACACAAGUGUGAAUCAGUGAUGAUUUGUGUUCUGCACGUAUGGUGUAAUCCGUUACACAUCUCUAGAUCUGUUAGUUUGCACUUUUAUCUUGUAUCUUUUUUCUAGUUUGGGCUUAGUAGCUGACAGUGAUCACUUGUGAUCAGAUAGUUCCCGAGGGUAAUGCAUGCAGCUACAUUUUAAUAAAAAGAAGCUAAUAAACCGUGCAGAUUUCUGGUGUUAA